AUGGCCUCGCCAACGAGCGACAACGACCGCAUCUAUGUCUGCCAGCACUGUCCCAAGCGUUAUGCUCGCAAGGACUAUCUUGAACGUCACGAGCUGAACCACACCCGUCCCCGAUCCGUCUGUCCAGCAUGCGGCAAGGGCUUUGCCCGUCCUGACGUGCUCCGCAAGCACCUCUCAACGUCGUGCAAGAGUCGCCGCGGUUCUGACGGUGACGCACCGGCACCUCUCACCACUGCCGAGGAGGACGCUCUCGUACCCCGCAAGCGCCGCCGCCCACAGCGCCGCGACACCAACGUCUCGGCAGACAGCCCAGGGUCAGACGACGGCAACCCACGCCCCCUCAAGCAGCCAACCUUUGCCCGUGGUUAUUCAUUUCCAAGCUCCUCCAGCUUCAUCUCUCCACACUCUAGCUUCGGGCUCGACAGCAUUGAGCGUGACCGACUCGACCGUCUUGGCCGCCUCGACUCUCGCCUCAAUGGGCGCCUGGACGGGCGCUACGAAGCCAUCGCCGGUUCGCGCAGCGAACUCCUCCGGAACCUCGAGGGAGAGUCGGCCCUGAGCGACCGCGAGGACUCGACUUCGCCACAAUUCGAUGACAGCCCACGCUUCACCCGCACCAUGCUCCCUUCUUCAUCACUCUCGCCCCGCCUUGUGCGCGACGAGGCGACCGAAGGUACUGCCGACGGACCGGCCCGCGCCGGUGCUUCGCUCGACCUCCCCCUUGCCCCGGCUUUUGCCGCAACGCCAGAAACUCUAGGGCCUCUCUCAUUCACACCCAAGCCUGACAAUGAUUUUCCAGCCCGUACCGAGCGCUUCAAUCUUACCCUCGGUGGUGACGGCAUGCCCACCCUCGCACCUGUCGCCAGUGGGCAGCAGGCCGGCUCCGGGGUCGAGUUUCCCAGUGUCAUGCCUGCGGAGGUCACUCCGGACCUCACCUGGGCCUCGGGGUCGGGGUCCGACUCAGAGUCCCACGAGUCGGUCGACGAUCUCUUCUCAUGGUUCUUCAACGUCUCAAACUCGGCCUCGAGUGCGGUUUGGCCCAACACGCCAGUCGACGAGUCCGCAAAAGAUGACGUCGCCAUCUUCACCGACGCCGACAUGAGCUCGUCUCUCCUCACCUCGCCUGGGACCCCCCACUCGAGCAUCCACGGUCUGGACGACCGUCUCUCCUCGCAACAGGCCAACCCUCGCUCCCUCCCUUACACUGGCCAGCCGUUUCCACCCCUCCCGGACCAGUGGCGCGAGGGCUGGCAGUGGUGCCUGCCACCAGCUGCUGACGUUCUCGACGGCCGCGCCCGCGACGAGGUCCUGAACCUGUUCGAAGGGUCGAUUCGCGACGACAUGCUCUCCCCCGCGUUCAGCCUCAACCAGAUGCGCCUUUAUCUCGAGCUCUACUUUAUUCACUUCGCCCCACUGUACCCUAUUAUCCACCGUCCGAGCCUGGCAUACAGGCGUCUCCCACCCGACCUCCUCCUCACCAUGCUGUGCAUUGGUACGACCUUUUACGAGGACAGAGAGGGUUUCCGCAUUGCAAUGCGGAUCCACAAACGGCUUCGCAAUCGUAUCUUCGAGCAAGUCGAAGACGAGCCCAAAGCCCCCCUCCACACCCUCCAGACCAUCCUCCUCAUCAACCACUUCAGCCGCGCCUACUGCGGCGUGAAGGAGCAUCAAGUUGCGCAAGUCUUCCACUCGUCGAGCAUAAUCAUGGCGCGCCUGGCCGGCGUCCUCGUCCCCGCCCCACCACUACUGCACCGCACGCACAACCCGCUCGACCACUGGCUUGAGUGGGUUGCAUUUGAGGAGCGCAAGAGGGUCGGCUGGUUCGCGUUCCUCAUGGACACGUCCAACGCCACUCUCUUCCGGCAUGUCCACAUCGUGCACUGCUUCAGCGUCAAGCUCGACUGGCCAGCCGGCGAUGCGGUAUGGAACGCACGCGAGCCAUACGAGUGGAGCACGUAUCAGCGCGACGCGCCUCGUCUGCCACCCUUCCACGCGUCGCUCAAGGACGUGAUUGCGCGCGGCACUCUCCCGCCCAUCUCCGAGUUCUCGCUCUGGAUCCUCCUCCAUGGGCUCCUGUCCGUCUCCUCAACCGUGCUCUGGCGCGACCUCGGCGACCUCUCCAUGAUCCCCGCGGCUCGCGUCAGGCGAUGGAAGAACAGCCUGCGCCGCGCCUUCGGUGUUGUCGGCGACCGCCUCUCGGGGCUGCUGGCCCAACGGCGGGCCGCGCACGACACGCCCCUCGACCUCCACGUCUACUGGACAGGCAUUCCUCUCGCGCAACUCGGCAAGAUCCUCGUGCUGUCCGACACGAAAUCGCUCCGGAUCUUUGCCGGCGAACGGGCAGCCGCCGGGCGUUCAGUCUCAGCGGCAGAGUGGGGUGCCGCGAACAAGUACGUGCGCGCCUGGGCGCAGAACAUGGACGGCGCCCGAGCCUUCCACGCAGCAGUGCAGCUCCUCGACGGCGUCUUUAGUUGGGCGCACGAACGGCGUAAUCCCCGCGUGGCGAGCAUCACCCCCAUCUGCAUCUACAUCGCGGCGCUCGUCAUCUGGGCAUAUUCCGCUGUUCAUGAGGGACCUCGCCAGGGCGCUGAAGCGUACCUGGUUCUCCUGCCGAAUGGGGAGGCCAAGGUCGAGCCGACUCUCGCCCGCCGCGACGCACUCGAUUACCUCGCCCGACUUGGGCACGUGCGCCCCGAACACCUCCCCUCCAUGCCUGGGAAAAACCGCUGCGCCGGGCCGAUCGCAUACGCCGCCGUCCUCGCUGGCACCCUUGGCACGAGCGUCAUGAACGAUAACCACAACGUCCUCAUGCGCCUACUACUGCCAUGA